AUGCUGGAGACAAGACUGCUACAUCAGUACUUAACCUCGACGUACCACACUUUGUCCGAAGAUGAUAUAUCGGCCCAUCAUUUUUCUAUCAGCAUUCCUCGUAUGGCUACUCUCUUCCCAUACUUGCUUGACAGCAUGUUCGCACUUUCUGCAUUACACCUGGCCUCAAUCGAGGCCGUUAACCGUCAACCAUGGAUUAAUGCUGCCUUGCGCUACCAGAGCCAGGCGUGUUCUGGGCUCGGGAAGGUUCUCUCCAACAUCUCACCGCAGCAUCAAGAACCAGCCUUCAUGUCGUCCGUAUUCAUCAUGUUGUUUGCGACCGGUCUUCCGAGUAUAUCCCCUGAAAACCGCCCCACAGAUCCUCUUUCUGCGGUUCUCGAGGUCCGCACAUUGAUCACUGGCUGCGCCAUGUUGUUCAAUCAGAUCAACUCGUUUGACAGUGAGGGCGAGCUGAAGGGCUGGCAAUGCUUUAGUGACCGACUCGAAGACCUCAAAAAGAGAAACCUCAAUAGGUAUGCAAUUUCCUUCCAAAGUAUGCACCAAGUGCUAGGCAUUGACAUCUUUUGCAGCGAUGGAUUAUUAGAUGCACGAAUGUUAAAACUGCUGGAGUUACACAAAAAAAUCAUGGAAUCGCUCGGCCGAUUGCACACCACCAUCGACAAACUCCAGGGCCCAGAAAAAGUUACAUAUCAAACGACUUGGCAACUUCUUUACCGGGCCGUUGAGCCGUGGCCCAAGACUGGCCCAUAUGGAGGCCCUAUUGCAUGGCCGCUCUUCAUCAACGAAGAAUAUCUAUCGCUUCUCCAAAAGGGCGACUGGUUAGCCCGGAUUUUAUUCCUACAUUAUGGGGUAUGCAUGCGCCUUCUGUCCCACCGAUGGUACGUCCGUGACUGGGGCUGCCAGCUUGUUGUUGCGACAUUGGAACCACUAGAAGAGAUCCCGUCGGAGUGGGUCGAGAGUGUUGCGUGGAUUAGACAAGCGGUAGAUGCUGAUAGCUAG